CUAAGGCAAAUAAUAAUAUCAGUAGAUGGGUCAAAGUUUUCAGGGGAAUUACCAAUUAAAAUAUUACGUUUUUCAAAAAAAAAUUUUGAGGAUUUCGGUGAAAAAGACAUGAAAUCCCCCUCAUAGAAAGAGAGUAUGGAAAAGCAGAUUCCAUUUCAAUCUUAGUACUCAGAGGGCUAAUAACUACAACAUAAUUCAUACCAAAAUCAUAUAUUGAAUAUUUUAUUUUCGACCCACUUUUACAUGUGUAGCUAUAUAUAUUCUUCAACUUGGUGAGACUUUGAAUGUCUCAAGGCAUCUCCUAAGUCCUAAUAAUAAUAGCAUUCCCGAGAGAAAAGGAGAUGGAUCAGAUUUAUGAACAAGGUUUCUUGGAGGAAUUAUUAGCUUUCAGAAGAGACAGUUGGGACACAAUUCCAACAGAAAUGAAUGAGAUUUUCUCUAGUGGCUGGAACUUUGAUUGCUUUGAUAUUGAGAACCCUGCAGCUAGUUUUGUUCCAAAUUCUUUCUGUCAACAAUUAUCUGUGCCUUUUGAGCAGGACUUCAAUUACAACUUCAAUGAAGUCUAUUGUUCACUUGGUGAUGAAUUCUCUGUACUACAAGUAACAGAUUCAUCAAAUAACACAUUUGAUACACCCCCAUUUCCAGUUCAAGAAGAUUACUCGUUGAAUAUGGUGGAGGAAGACGAAUCAGGCUUCCUUGUAGAUGAACUUCACAAGUUGGAUGUCCAAGCUACUUGCAAACCAGAGCGUAUCCAAUCACCUGCAGCACCAGUUUUCAACACUGGAGCCUGUAUAAACCGCAAGAAUCGAGCGAAGAAGUUGGAGGGGCAGCCUUCAAAGAAUCUAAUGGCAGAGAGAAGGAGAAGAAAGCGGCUAAAUGACCGUCUUUCGAUGUUAAGAUCGAUUGUUCCUAAGAUAAGCAAGAUGGACAGGACAUCCAUACUUGGAGAUACUAUAGAUUACACGAAAGAGCUCCUGGAGAGGAUCAAAAGUUUGCAGCAAGAAAUUGAAGCUGGUUCAAAUGGGUUAAACAUGGCUCACAUUUUCAAGGAUGUAAAACCAAAUGAAAUCUUAGUGAGAAACACACCAAAGUUUGAGGUGGAAAGAAGAAAUGAGGAUACAAGAAUUGAGAUUUGUUGUGCAGGGCAACCAGGAUUGUUGUUAUCAACUAUAAAAACCUUGGAAACAUUUGGCCUUGAGAUUCAACAAUGUGUUAUUAGCUGUUUCAAUGAUUUUGCAAUGCAAGCAUCUUGCUCAGAGGACUUGGAACAGAAAUCAUUAAUAAGUUCUGACGACAUAAAGCAGGCAUUAUUUAAAAAUGCUGGCUAUGGAGGAAGAUGUUUGUAUGAACAAAAUUAAAGGACUACAAAAGAAGCAAAUUCUGGUGAAUUUUUUAUAUGCUUCCAAAUUCUCUGUUAUUUCACUGAGCUUUUGAAGUGAAGGAUUGUGACUAAUUUUUGCCUUCUUAAAUAAGUGAAAUUCUAGUCUUCAGAGCUUUGUAAUAAUUGCUUCAAUGUUAAUGCAAAAUUCUUUGUUAGCCUUUUCUUCAUCCAACAUUUAGUGGCCUUUUUUUAGUAUUCAAGGUUUUUAAAAUUUAAAUCCGAACAAAGAA